UGAUUCUCCGACCCCCGUCACCAUGGCGUCGCUCCUGUGUUGUGGCCCCAAGGUGGCGGCCUGCGGCAUCGUCCUCAGCGCCUGGGGAGUGAUCAUGUUGAUAAUGCUCGGAAUAUUUUUCAAUGUGCACUCAGCAGUGUUGAUUGAGGAUGUUCCCUUCACGGAGAAAGAUUUCACGAAUGGUCCUGAGAAUCUAUACAAACUCUAUGAGCAAGUCAGCUACAACUGUUUCAUCGCAGCGGGCCUUUAUCUCCUCCUCGGAGGCUUCUCUUUCUGCCAAGUUCGACUCAACAAGCGCAAAGAAUACAUGGUGCGCUAGAGCACAGUCCUGUUUAUCCUCCUCAGCCCCCUUGCCUAUUUAAACAUUCCCCCUCACUCGGGUCCCAUCCCACCCAGUGUGGCACCCUCUGCGGGACUGGGUUCUCCUGGCGAGAGACUGAAUCCCGGGUUCUCCGACUGUAGGCGUCUGGCCCCAGUGGAGGGCGCUGGGGCUGGCAACUCACUGUCUCUCCAGCCCCCACGCCUACUCCUUGUCACAAUAAAGAGACGCUGUUACCGUAAA